GGCGACCGGAAGCCGCUGAACAGCAGAGCUCGCGGUGACAGGCGGAGAGCCGGGUCGGAGCGCAGCUGCGGCGAGUCCCGUCUGUGCUGGCCGCCGCCGGAUGACCCGUGAGCCGCUCGCCGCCGCGCCUGCCUGCGAGCCCUGCGAGCCCUAGGAGCCCGCGCCUGCUGUGCUCAGACCCUGUGCGGAGCUGCCCGCUGGCGCGGCGCGGCGCGGCGGUCCGUUCUCUCAGGCUGCCGCCCGGACCUGAAGAGUAAUUGGGACUGAUCCACAUCAUGGAAAUGGAAACCACUGAACCUGAGCCAGACUGUGUAGUGCAGCCUCCCUCUCCUCCUGAUGACUUUUCAUGCCCGAUGAGACUCUCAGAGAAGAUCACUCCCUUGAAAACUUGUUUUAAGAAAAAGGAUCAGAAGAGGUUGGGAACAGAAACCCUAAGGUCCUUGAGGCCAAUAUUAAACACUUUGUUAGAAUCCGGUUCACUUGAUGGGGUUUUUAGAUCUAGAAACCAGAGUACAGAUGAUAGCAGCUUACAUGAACCUAUGGUGAAAAAAACCUUGGAAAUCAAUCCGUCGUGUCCAACGGCAGAAAACAACAUGCCUGUCUUGAUAUCUGAUGAAACAAAUGUCGGAGGACAAAUAGCAGAAGCCCAUCCUUCCACUGAUGCUCCAGAACAGGUGGUUCCAAUCCAGGAUCACAGCUUUUCUCCAGAAACUAUCAAUGGGACAGUGGCAGAUUCUGCAGCGGGGCACUUCCAAGCUGACCUUUUGCACACAGUUUCAAGUGAUGUUCCUUCUAGUCCUGACUGCAUAGACAAAGUCAUGGAUUAUGUUCCAGGGGUUUUCCAAGAUAACAGUUUUACAAUCCAGUACAUUUUGGACACCAGUGAUAAACUGAGUACUGAGCUCUUUCAGAACAAAAGUGAGGAGGCUUCCCUUGACCUUGUGUUUGAGCUGGUGAACCAGUUACAGUACCACACGCACCAAGAGAAUGGAAUUGAAAUUUGCAUGGACUUUUUGCAAGGCACUUGUAUUUACGGCAGGGAUUGUUUGAAGCACCACACUAUCUUGCCUUAUCAUUGGCAGAUUAAGAAGGCAACUUCUCAGAAGUGGCAGAGUAUAUCCAAUGAUUCCCAGGAACACUUGGAAAGAUUUUACUGUAACCCAGAAAAUGAUAGAAUGAGAAUGAAGUAUGGAGGACACGAAUUUUGGGCAGAUUUGAAUGCCAAGACUGUGUAUGAGACAACUGAAUUUGACCAACUACGAAGGCUCUCCACACCACCCUCUAGCAAUGUCAACUCUGUUUACCACACAAUUUGGAAAUUCUUCUGCAGGGACCACUUUGGAUGGAGAGAGUAUCCUGAGUCUGUUAUUCGACUUAUUGAAGAAGCUAAUUCUCGGGGUCUGAAAGAGGUCCGGUUUAUGAUGUGGAACAACCACUACAUCCUUCACAACUCAUUCUUCAGGAGAGAAAUUAAAAGGAGACCUCUCUUCCGCUCUUGUUUUAUAUUGCUUCCAUAUUUGCAGACACUUGGUGGUGUUCCCACACAGGCCCCACCACCUCUUGAAGCAACCUCAUCAUCACAGAUAAUCUGCCCAGAUGGGGUCACCUCAGCAAACUUUUACCCUGAAACUUGGGUUUACAUGCAUCCAUCUCAGGACUUCAUCCAAGUGCCUGUUUCUGCAGAGGACAAGAGUUAUCGAAUCAUUUAUAAUCUUUUUCAUAAGACUGUGCCUGAGUUUAAAUACAGAAUAUUGCAAAUAUUACGAGUUCAAAAUCAGUUUCUUUGGGAGAAAUAUAAAAGGAAAAAAGAAUAUAUGAACAGGAAAAUGUUUGGCCGUGAUAGGAUUAUGAAUGAGAGACACUUAUUUCAUGGAACAUCCCAGGAUGUGGUAGACGGAAUCUGCAAGCACAACUUUGACCCUCGAGUCUGUGGAAAGCAUGCUACCAUGUUUGGACAAGGCAGUUAUUUUGCCAAGAAGGCAAGCUACUCUCAUAACUUCUCUAAGAAGUCCUCCAAAGGAGUCCAUUUCAUGUUUCUGGCUAAAGUGCUAACUGGCAGAUACACGAUGGGUAGUCACGGCAUGAGAAGGCCCCCACCUGUCAAUCCUGGAAGUGUCACCAGUGACCUGUAUGACUCCUGUGUAGAUAAUUUCUUUGAGCCUCAGAUUUUUGUUAUUUUUAAUGAUGAUCAGAGCUACCCUUAUUUUGUUAUCCAGUAUGAAGAAGUUAGUAACACUGUUUCCAUUUGAAAAUUCUUGGUACUGUGUGAUAUGAACUCAAUCCAGCAUUUGUAAGCAGGUUUUGGAUGGGUGGGGCAAAGUGGGAGAUAGCAUUGGAUAUUAAUAGGGCACUUUUAAAUACCCAGUUUUUUUAAAGCUCUCUAAAGUGAAAAAAAAAUUUUUGAAGAAAAGAAAGUUUUAAAAUAUGACCACUUAUUUAAUAAUCUACUAAUUGUUGUUAGUGUACUCAGCGCGAAAAGAGACUACAAGGGACAUACUCUUUUCAUUCACAUUCCUACAUGCAGGCAGCAGUGUUAUUAGACGCAUUUUGAGACUGAAUAGCCUAACUAAAUGUGACUUGACCCUGGUAGACAGUUGGCCAAAUGAAAUGGGGACUGUAAGUAAGCAAACUGAACAUUCUAUUUAUUUACAAUAAUCAAACUGACUGGAACUAGUACUACCAUACUUAUUACCUGUCCAAAGCAUAUGAAAUUCUGGUAUUUGAGAAGAAACUAUACCACCUAGCCAGAAAGUAUCCAUGACUUAGCUGUUCUGCAGUUUGCCUGAGAAUUCAGUUUUGUUUAGAGGACAUUAAGGAACUAUUUAGAGAGGGGAAAAAAAUGUCACCAGCAUUCACUGACUAAUUUUAUGAAAUGUGAUUCCCAUAUUGUUAAGCUUCAGCCUUGGAAAACUCCAUCUUUUCCACUACUGUCUAUCCCAACUUGAAGGAGUUAGGUAGCUAGUUAGUUUUAUUAAAACCAGUCUUGAGGAUUUGAAGUACUACUUUAUUUUGGGGUUUCAGACUUAGGCCCUAAUUGAAGGAUUUAGAGGAAGGAAGUACAUUUAUUUGGAACUGAAUUGUAAGGUUUACUACCAUGCUUCGCACAAAGUAGACCCUCAAAAGUGUGUGUUGACUUGGGAAUAUUGUUAAAGGUGGUAAUCCCAUCCCUAUGCCUGCUUUGCCAGAUGCAGCUGGGUUUCCUGGCUGACUCUGUAUUUUACACUACUUAAUAGAAACACAAACCUGGAAAUUGUGCCACUGGCCCCGCUGGAGCCAUGUUAGGUGACUAUGCUCAUGCCUGAGAUCAGAGAGUUAAGUAAAGCUAGGUAUUCUUUACUUAAGUAAAGCAAAGACCUAGAUUUGUAAAGGUAGAAGUGGUGGUUGAAAAAGAAUUCACCGUAGAAUUCCUUGAGUACCAACCUCGCAUAUGUUUGUGGUUAUUUCAUUUACAAAACCUUUUCAGGAAUUUCUGUGUUGUUUAAAGCAAAAUAUAUCUAUACUGAUGUCUUGGUGAAUCAGUCUAUCCAAGCACUUAUCAGGGCUUCCACAGUUAUUUAUUUUGCCCUAGUUCAUCUUGUCUCUGCCAUUGGCAUGAAACAGCCAGCUGUGGCUGCUACCGCUGUUCUUUGAUCCAAUUAUAACUUGUAAACCAGUGAUUCCCAAUCUUUUUCAAGUUGACACCUUACCAUUACUUAUUGGAUUUUAUGAAACCUGUUCUUUUUUUCUCCCUAGAGGAAAAAAAAGCUUUAUGACAUAUUUAUUUUUUUAAUAAAACUAAGCAAAAAUAAAAAUUCUGGUAAUUCUUUACAGUG